CACCGGCGCCUCUCCGCCACCACGGCGGGGGCCGUAGGGCGCGGUGCCCCCCGCCGACGGGGUGCCCCCGCCGCCCCCGGUGCCGCCCCCGGUGCCCCGGAGCAGGGUGCCCCGCGGAAUGGCGGAGCCCAGCGACGGCGAAGAGGACGGUGGCGGUGACGACCUCGUCUGCGCCCAGGAUGCCGCCCAGGAUGUAGGGCCCCCCUCACCCGAGGCAAACCCGUCGCACCAUGCAAGAUGAGUCCCGAGGUAGCUUGGAGCUGAAAUCUGCCAACAUGGUGGACCUUGCGGGCUACGUCAUCAUCCUGGUGCAGACUCAAGAUGGCAAGAUCAAACUAUUCGGUUCACCGGCCGAAAAAAACGACUUGGAAAUCGGUGAUGAAAUUCUCGAGGUGAACGGAAGAGCCUUAGAAACAUGUUCGCACGAAGAGAUUCUGACCUUCAUACACGAGUGUAUCAAGUCGCGUGUGAUAUGUCUGCGAGUGAAGCGCCGGACGAGCGCGCGUGUUG